UAUAAGGGUCGUAAAUACCCGCCUGGGGGAUAAGGCCCCGGUCACGUUCUCCAAAGAUGCCAUGACCAUCCCUCAGCUUCACCGUCAGUGGCGAUGACGAGUGUCUUCGCCUGCUUUCACACAUUCCCGGCCCGGUCAUUGUGCCUCAGAUGUGCACCUACGACUAUACCCCCUACACGGGCUGCGAAGGCGGCGAGCAGCACUACUACAUCCAGUGGGUGAAGUGCACCAAGGCAGCGGAAAAUGGGAGGUAUUGUUCCCUAGAGUCGUCGACGGAGGUUGAGCUCAGGAAGCUAUCCUCCAACGUCCUCUCCUGCCCACUUCACGGUCCGGUUGCUGUGCAGCAGUAUGUUCUCGAGCCGGCCAAUGCCGCCAGACUGGACGACGAGGCGGGCAGGCGCAGGGCUGGGAGUAACGCUCGCAGCCGCAAUGCAUCUUCUAGGAGCAGGACUCCUGGAAGGGCGGCCUCGAGUAGGGAUUUCGAUCAACCAACCCGCAAACAAAUCCGCGGACGGACACCAAGACGCGAGAUCGCGUCCGAAUCUUCCGACUCGGAGUCAUCAAGCUCUCCCGCCCCUCGUCACAGGGCUCCGAGGCUACGCGACCGGGAGCUCUCGGAGGGGCGGAGCAGUAGGGCGGCUCAAGGGAACCACCACAGGCGAUCAGUGUCGGUCGACGUUGUUCUUCCGCCUCCACCUCUCCCAACGCUACCGUCCCGGUUUGGACGCAGCGAGGUUUCGCUACCCCUAAAUCCGGAUCGUGAGGCACAAGCGGAGGACCAUGCUGGGUCCCAGCAAACACGCCCGAACACGGCCUUGAACAUACUACCUGUUCUCGGCGUUGUCGGGCUUCCAUCGAGCCCAGACAUGCACCGGCGGACGAGCGUUCAUCGAACCCGGAGCGACGGGCUGUUGAGGCAAGGGGACGCGGUUGUGGUAGAGCCUAUCCAACCCGUCUCUCGCACCAUGUCUCCUGCCAGUGACAGUUCCCCGGAUCACAACGGGGAACUCCCGUUUAGUACCCCAGCUCGGCGCACUCGGAGGGCAGGUGGCCGGUCAAACCGCGACCCCAGCGUGGACACAAUGAUGAGACGGAUUGACGAGCACGUUGUUCCGGAAGAAAACGAUCAGGCCGUCAGUGAAACACCCGUGAGAAGAGGAAGUGCAGCAACAACCUCGCCAGAGCCGCGACACCAAAGGACAGACGCACCGUCACGCCCCUCAACUGCCACGGCAGCCGCCCGCGUCACUCAUCACCGGAGGCAAGACUCCCGGCCGCGUCUUGACAGCCUCCAGAUCCCAAUGCAGCGCGACCAGUACCAGCGAGAUGCCUACUCGGCUCCAACCGCUACCCCUCCCGAAACAGACAUCAAUGUGGGCGUCUCUCUUCGAGGCCGCGCCAACUCGCUCCGGCACGGAGACCUUCCACCUACGGUGCCCAACCCGCCCUCGCAACGGAACGAAGAAACCGCAUCCAUCCGCAGCACUCGAUCACGGCGCCUCGAGGACCAGAUCACCGAGGCCUGCAAAUGGGCCGCCGCGCGGGAGCACAUGCCCGCGCCAUCAGGCGUCCGGGGUCCGAUGACUGAUGUCCUGGCGCAUAUGUCCACGCCGAAUCUGGCACUCGGUGCGCCUGCUUCUUCCAGUGCUGUGGCACUGCCGAUGGCCGGCAGAGAGUCUGUUGACAGCGGGUACCGCAGCGGGCACCAGCCGCAGAGAAGCUGGGAGACGAUUGCAUCUGCCGAAGCCGUCGAGGGCGGUGCAAGGGCAGCUGCUGGCAAGGGAGGGAGGAGUACGCUGCAGAAGGCGCCUCCUCCACAAUUGCAACAGCGACAGCAACAGCAACAGCAACAGCAACAGCAACAGCAGGGGCCGGCCGGGCAGCAGCGACGGCCUGUUCCAGAGCCCUUGCAGCUGGGUAGGCUGCCGCCUUGUGCGCUGCCUGUUUCACUCAUGUCGCCGAGCAUCCAGUCAGACGUCGAUGCGGGCUCCGUCGGGAAAGGGGGCAAGCGGCAGCGGAUGGGGCUCAGGAAGAAGAUCAGUGGGCUGUUGUGGGAUCGUGGUGGGCAGCGGGAGCUCGGAGCUGUGGAGGGUUAAUGGAUGGACGUUGGGUUUUCUUGCUUCGUUCAUAUACCCCUGUACACCUACAAACUGAUGUAUCCUCCGCGAUUGGGGUUGGCUAAUGUUGGGAUGGGAUGCUGGGGGUUCAGACCUAGAAAGGGGCGUGACGCCAAGGGGCGGUUGGCCGCAACUCCAACGCCCUGGGACUUAUGAAUUGAUGACUGUUGAUGACCAAGUUAGAUACUAAUUGUCUCAUUUUGCAUUGGUUUCGCAAACAU